AUGGACGGAGCUCAGAUACUCGAUGACGGAUUCCCGGCGGUGAGGCUCUUCAGCCAGGGUUACUCCUACACCUACGAUGACGUCAUCUUCCUCCCCCACUACAUCGACUUCCCCACCGACGCCGUCUCCCUCUCCACCAAGCUCAGCCGCCGCGUCGCCCUCGCCACCCCCUGCGUCGCCUCCCCCAUGGACACCGUAACCGAGUCCUCGAUGGCCGCCGCUAUGGCCUCGCUCGGUGCCAUCGGGAUCAUCCACUCCAACACCACCGCUUCCCACCAGACCUCCUUGGUCCGCCGCGCGAAAUCGCACAAAAUCCCCUUCAGCCACGAGAUCGUCUACAAAUCCCCCUCCGACACGAUUCUAUCGCGUGAGGAUUUCGCCGAUGCUCCCUGCCUAUUCGUCACGGAGGACGGGACACGGAGCUCGAAGCUGUUAGGAACCGUGUCAAGAUCCGAUUGGGACGAAAUGGAAUCCGUGGGGGACCAAAGAAUUUCCGAGUACAUGAAGAAGUCAACAGUUUCUCUUCCGGCUGGGUACAGCUUCGAGGAUGUCGCGGGCUAUUUAGCAAAAAACGAGCUGGAAUUUGUGCCGCUGGUUAGAAAUAACGGGGAGGAGGGAGAAGAAGUAGUGAAUGUAGUCUCAUCUGCUGAUGUCGAGAGCAUUCGAGGUUUUCCGAAAUUGGGGCUGCCUUCUGUGGGGCCCGACGGGGAGUUUCUGGUAGGGGCAGCCAUAGGCACAAGGGAAACGGAUAAAGAGAGGUUGGAGCAUCUUGUCAAAGCUGGGGUGAAUGUGGUGGUUCUUGAUAGUUCUCAGGGAAAUUCUAUUUACCAGAUUGAGAUGAUCAAGUACGCGAAGAAGAUGUAUCCGGAUUUGGAUGUUAUAGGUGGGAAUGUGGUGACUGCAUACCAGGCACAGAACUUGAUUCAGGCUGGGGUUGACGGAUUGAGGGUAGGGAUGGGUUCAGGCUCCAUUUGCACAACUCAAGAAGUUUGUGCCGUUGGGCGAGGGCAGGCAACUGCUGUUUACAAGGUUGCAUCUGUUGCAGCUGAAAGCGGUGUGCCUGUGAUUGCUGAUGGUGGCAUCUCAAAUUCUGGCCACAUUGUCAAAGCUUUGACCCUGGGUGCUUCAACUGUAAUGAUGGGAAGCUUUUUAGCUGGAAGCCAUGAAGCUCCCGGAACUUAUGUAUAUCAGGGUGGUAAGAGAGUGAAAAAGUAUCGAGGUAUGGGAUCCCUAGAGGCAAUGACGAAAGGAAGUGAUGCUCGUUACUUGGGCGAUAAAGCUAAGUUGAAGAUUGCUCAAGGGGUUGUUGGUUCUGUGGCUGACAAAGGAUCAGUAUUAAACUUCAUCCCCUACACAAUGCAAGCUGUAAAGCAGGGAUUUCAAGAUCUUGGUGCUUCUUCCCUGCAGUCAGCUCACGAUCUCUUAAGAUCGGGCGUUCUAAGACUCGAGGUUAGGACUGGAGCAGCUCAAGUAGAAGGUGGUGUCCAUGGGUUGGUUUCGUACGAGAAGAAGUCCUUCUAA